CCCGGUGCCGAAUGUUAUUCAAGUUGUUGUUUUCACUGAGGAUACAUACCAAAAAAAAUGUGUUCGACGAAAAGAAUGUAAAAGAGAAACCCGAAGCGAAAAUUCUAUUGUCAUACGGAAAGAAUUCAAUUCGACUUUAAGAACCAUGAGUCGAAUAUUCACUGGUGUAUUUCCCGACAUUCCAUCGGAAUUAAGUUCGCGGUUGUUUCAUGACGACCAGUUAGUUGUAAUUGGCGUGAUUGGAAAGUCAAACGAUGCCAAAUGUAAUAAAAUGAUUGGAUUUGAUAUGGUGAAAUUUGCACCGGAAAAUACAAGCAUACAAAAUGGACAGAUUAGUUUCUAUUUCAAUGAAUCGGAGGGCAAGAGUUUGUAUAUUCACUUUCAAACCACCUUUGAUAUGGUGGUCAUGGAGCAACUUUUUAUGGAACGACUGACCAAGAUGACUAGAGAACAAACCACACAAGAGCAAACGACACAAGAGAAACGCAGUAGCCGGCGACGAAACAGUUCUAUUCAUUCAUUACAUACGCUUGUUCGCACCAAAUUUGCACAAAUGCUACUGUUUGCCAUUCAAAUUUGUCAUAUCAUUGUACUGGUUGAACCAAACAAUGUAUUUGACACGGGGUAUUUGAGCAUUUUCAAAGCAUUGAAGGUUAUUAGAGAGCAGUACGUUUUGAAGUUUCUUCCGAAGUUUUUGAAAAAUUCCAGUGCUGGUGCUCAAAUUGGCAAAGAAGGACGAUUAUGUUCACCGCGAUUUUUAUUUUAUUUUGAGAAAACACUCAAUGAAUACAGCAAUCUGGAAGCAUUGCAACGAUUUGAGUUCGAAAUUGAAGAUUCGAUUUACAAAAUGUUGCGAAAUGAAUUUGUAAUCACAAACAAUAGUUUAAAUUCACUAUUUUCAAUUCCGCGAAACAAACGAUUCGUUUGCAUAAAUACAAAUCGAAAUUUACAUGCAAAUCCAAUCACAAAAUCGGUCAACGAACUAGCGCUGUGUAUCAAUAAAGAAAAGUAUGCCCCACAUAGUGAUGGAGAAGACAACGAUAGCGAUGAUGAUAUAAGACCGUUCAAAGGUUUUGCAAAGCCAUUGAGCAACUACAAAAUGGGCAAUAGCAAGAACAUUUGGUCAGAAAAAAAGAAUCGUCUAAUUGAACUAAUUUCAGAGCACGUAGAAGAGGCUCUGAAGUCCGGAUUCGAUGACAGCGUUGCCAAGUAUAAGGGAAAAGGACAUUUUGUGAUUCCGUCUGGCAAGUCAUGGUACGAGAUGUUCAAAUUAUUACAUAAAAUUUUCGUCGAAAAUCCGGAUAACUCCAGUUUUGAACCAAAUGAUUCGGACUAUAAAUCGUACUUGGAGAAUUUCACCCGGAUCGUUGACAUUGAUGACAGAUUCUACACGGAGUGCUGUGAAUAUGGUUUGGAACGUGCAAGAGAACAUUACAAAGAGAUGUUGCCAUCAUUUUACAGCAAGAAUUAUCAUGAGCAAAAGGUUUUGCAGAGCAUUUCCAUGCUGAAAAAAUUCGGACGCGGCCCAAAUCUGUCGGCGUCUGAGAAGAAACUGACAGAUGUUUGCAAUGAAUUUUGGCUGAAUGGCCGCCAGCAGUGCGAAGUAUUGAGUUUGCGUGGAAAUCCAUGUGCGAUGGCAAAACAUGAAGAUGAUGGUCAUAUUAGUACCGAAGUGAUCAUAUCGACUUGUAAUUGUGGCAGAACACAGGGAAGACGGAAUGAUCCAUUUAGAUUAAGACAAGCAAACUAUGAAUUCUAUCAAAUUAUGAUGAACAGUUGUACAAUGUGCCCGAAAUUGGAAACCAUUCCAUUUGCUGUAUUUGAACCAUCGUCAAACGAUUAUCGAGCUGCAGAGCUAGAGAAAACAAUUGUCGAUGAAAAAACAAUGGUAGAAGAAGACGAUGACGAAUAUCAAGUGCUUACGAUGCCAUCUCAGUUGGCAAACCCAUUGAGCAUUGGGUCGGGACUUACAUUUACCGAUGAUGAAAAUAACGAUUCAAACAAUCCAAUCAGUAAUAAUCAAUCAACGGAAAAUAUUUCAUCCGACCAUGAGGUAAUACUGGAGCCAAGCGAUGAUGAAAUUAAUGAAAUUGUCAUUCAAGUGGGCGGCGAAGAGAACGAAGAAAAUUUAGAGAAGGGCAUCUAUCGACAACCAUCAACAACAGAAUAUUUAUCAGGCAUGGUUCAUACAAUGAGUCCAAUUGGUUUGUUGCCACAAUUCUCAAGCUGGUCAUUGGUUUGCGUUGGUCACAGUUCCGUUUAUUCACACAAUUCAGGAAUUCCGGAGCAUGCUCAAAGUGGAUUUUUAUCUGGUGCAAAUUUUUUGUUGCCCUGGGACGUGCAAGUACGUUUGGAAAAUGCAGCAUCAUGGGCUCGAACACUAGAUAAAGCACGGCAUCGUCGAAAGCCACAACCCAAAGACGAUUCAGAUGGUCAAGUGUUUAUGUUGAAAAUUUUCGUCGGCUGUGAGUACGAAUGUGCACGGGGUCACCGAUUUUUCAUGAGUAGUCCCGAUACUAUUCUAAGAGGUGGAUCAGGUAUUGUUAAAGACGGUGGCAGUAAAAUUGUGUUUAAUGACAUGCCGCUGUACUUCGCCUGUCCCUGCAGAAAUGCCAAACCAAGUGUGGCUCAAUUGAUGCGAGUACAUGUUGUUACGCCCAAAGCUCCAGUCAACAUCAUAUUAGAACCGAAGAUUCGUACCGGAGAUAAGAAUGGCUAUACAUUUACCACGGGAUUGACAGAUCCACCAAAACUGUCACAAAGUGCAUAUUGGGUGUUACGUUUACCGUAUGUGUACGAGGGAAACGAUGGACCAAUUAUGCCACCAGCUGAUGUAACCGCAGCGAAUUGCAUGAAUUGGGGCUAUCUAUCGGCCGGAAUGUAUGGAAUUGUUGAAACAAAAACUAAAUGAGAACGAAACUACGAUCGAUUUGAAUUUUAAAGUGAAUUUAUUUUCAUUAGACCACUAAACGGAUACUUGAAAUUUAUGAUUUUCUUUAAAUAAAUAAAUAAAUAAAUAAAUUAGAGUUUAACUUAAAAGAAAUCAACAACAAAGAAAAGUUAUUAGAUUCUAAAUUUAAAUCUAGAAACAAAAGCGUCUAUUUGUAA